AUGAGUGAGAAUUCAGAUGAUGAAUUGCUGGCAUUAUUCACAUUAACUUCUUCGCUAAGCGAUAAAAUCAGCGAAUCGGAUGAUGCAAUAACCAAAAUUAACCAAAUAGUGAAAAGUCUAGUACUGGAACAAGAUUAUAAUCGAUUGAUUAAGGACAAACCAUCAUUUUAUUGUGAGACUAAAGACGACGACAACGACAACGACGACAAUGAGGAUGACGAUGAGGUGAUACAGCUAGAACAGCAGCGAUUGCAAUUGGCCAUGGAGCUACAGAAACAAGACUACAUAUCAGACAAAUUGCAAGAGUUGGUUAAAGAAAAUCAAGAGCUCUUGGAUAUCAUUAAAGAUUAUAUUUCAAAGUAA